AUGAGCUCCAUGGCUGACUUCCCCCAGCUGCUGCCCGAAGCCCCGCCUGAUUCUGCCCAUUUCUUGCCCAGGAUCGCCGUCAGCAUGCUGGCGAGCCUCAUCGCUGUCCUUGCCCUCAGCGGUAGCUCGGCAUGCGCUGCACCGGCUGCAGCCAUAGCGCUUCAACAAGCGCAGCAGCCCGAGUCUCGCGCAGCGACUUGGUACAACCUCGGAUGCUACACGGACAGCACUAGUACCAGGACCCUCAGCAAGAAAAUCCACAGCAGUAGUUCCACCACGGUCGGGUCAUGUCAGACCAAGUGCUCAAACGCAGGGUACACCUAUGCUGGCCUAGAAUACGGAAAGGUGUGCUGGUGCGGCAAUAAGAUUGCCUCGAUGGGUGCACCCGCCUCAAGUGGUUGCACGACCAGCUGCGCAGGGAAUGCAAGUCAGCAGUGCGGCAGCGGUAACCGCAUAAAUCUCUAUAGCACAAUCGCCCCAUCGAUGAGCAACAACACGGCCAAGGCUCGUGGUAGCUUCAAGUACGCCGGCUGCUGGACCGACCCUAUAUCCGCACGUUCUGUCUCCUUUACCAACCCACUUUCCAGCAACACCAUUGAGAAGUGCCUCUCGAGCUGCCAGCAGAAGGGAUACUCUAUUGCUGGUGCCGAAAAUGGCAACGAGUGCUUCUACAGCUUCAAGGUCAUCGAGAAAUUACCUCCGCCAGCCAAGUUUGGCGUGAGGACGAAGGUGCGCGGGGUCAACCUCGGUAACUGGUUCGUCAUUGAGGCAUGGAUGAACCCGGGCAUUGCCGACUUGGGGGGCACAUCUACGCUGCAAUCUCUGCUCAUCGACCACUGGUCCACGUGGAUGACCGACGAUGACCUUGCGCAGAUCGCAGCGUUGGGCCUCAACACGGUCCGCAUCCCCGUGUCGCACUGGUUCUUCAACGUCAGCACCGCCGAGCCGUACCUCGGCUACGGCGCUAUCCCGACUUCGAUCCCGCUCGGGUACCUCAGCCAGGCCAUCCUGUCCGCUAAAAAUCACGGUCUGGACGUUCUGCUCGACUUGCACACUGCCCCCGGGUCCGUCAAUGGAUUCGAUAAUGGCGGUCGACAGGGCGCUAUCGGCUAUGCCGCUGCGCUGAACGCCACGCAGAACAUGACACGCACCAUCUCCGCGCUCAUUACCAUGACACAGCUCGACGUUAAUGACCCGCAGUACGGCGGCAUCGUAAAGGCGAUCGAGCUGAUCAAUGAGCCGAUCACGUACACGUCGGCCCUGUCGCAGUCGUACAUUGCCAACUUCUACAAGCAAGCCCAUCUCGCCGUUCGCGGAGCUGUCACGGGCUCCGCAUCAUACGUGCCCACGAUUGUCAUGCACUACGGCUUCCAGUCGCUCUCUAGCUGGGAUCAGUACUACUCGGAGACGAGCACCUACCCGAGCGGCACGUGCAUGCAGGAUACGCACCAGUACCAGGCCUGGGUGCCACUGAACAACCUCACGCCCUCCGGCCACAUCAGCAAGGCCUGUGACCUCGCCAGCACGAUCGGCUCCACGUCGAGUAGCCGCCCCGUCAUUGUCGGCGAGUGGAGUCUGGCGACGAACUGCACCAAUUGCUCAUACGCCACUAUGGCUGACAACAUCAACUCGCUCAACAGCCCCACGUGGAAUAUCUUCGUGCGCCAAUUUUUCGAGGCACAGGUCAAUGCGUACGAGUCGGGCACCAACAAUGGCUGGAUCUUCUGGAGCUGGAAGACGUUCAGCAGGCGCGACUGGUCAUACAAGGAUGCCGCUCAGCAGGGAUCGAUCCCGUCGAACCCGACACAGAAAGCGUUUGUUCCCCCAUCGGGAUCGAGCUCAUGCGUCAGUUCUCAGCCCAACUACCCCCUCACCUUUGCCACCACGACCUAUCCGUCGUCGCGUGGCAGCAGCACUGGCGCUACGGCGGCAUCCGUCUCUUCCAACAGCACCAACUCUUCCACGGCCAUCACAUCUGAGACCUCCAGCAGGGAUAGCACAACAUCGUCCAUUGUCGUCAGCACCAGCACCAAUACCACCAACAGCACCGUUGAAGGUGCUGUGCGCUUCAGGCUUGCCGCGGUCUCGCCCGCGUCCUUCUCACCGGCCGCGCAGGUCGUUUCGGUUGCGCCCAUUACCGGCAAUCGUCUCAGACAAAAUGCCUUCCCCUUCUUGCACAAGCUCAUCUACUUUGCGGAGCUCGGUUACGGUCGCUUCAUUCUUUAA